CGAGUGUGAGAAAAGUUUUUCGAGAGUUGCAACUUGGGAAUUUGAACUCCACGUCGGGAAUGCCUUCUCUUCACCGCCUUUUCUUGGUUAGCUUCCCGCCCAUCGUUCUCAUAUCACUAUAUUACCUUGACAUAUGGCCUGAUCACCAACUUCGAACCUACCUAAUAACCUCUUCGACUUCUGUCUAUGCAUUGACACGACAGCGGCUACAUCCACAUUUCUCGACUCUCUCGGAACUGGUCUCCCAAUAUACUCAAGGCCAAGCUGUAAGAGAACCGAGACAAUUUACAAGACACAUUGUCGCCGUAGGAGACCUACACGGGGACUUUCCUAAUGCCAUGAAAGUCUUGCAGUUCUCUGGCGUUGUUGACGAGUUUGGUAAUUGGACUGGAAAUGCGGAUUUUUUUGUCCAGACAGGAGAUAUCAUUGAUAGGGGCGACGAUACAAUCAAACUAUUUGCAUUGAUGGACAAAUUGAGAGAGCAAGCUAGCGCCAUGGGUGGUGUCGUUCUGAGCCAUUUAGGGAACCAUGAAUGGAUGAAUGCUAUCGGUGACUGGCGAUACGUCUACCCAACUGAAAUAGAAACUUUUGGAUCCAUCUCCGCUCGUCAAAAGAUGCUUUCGACAGGCAAAAUUGGUCGGUCCUGGGCUACCAACUACACCGUUACCUCCCGUCUCCCGCUACAUCCUUCAAUCGGAGCUCCCAACACACCUUAUCCCCCUUCAUUCAGGAAAGACGAGGAAGGAGAAGAACCUCCUCUUUCACAUUCCGCUGUAUCCUUCGUUCAUGGUGGAUUAUCACCGACAUAUGGGGACCUCACACCAUUUCCAACAAAAAUCAACGAACUAGGGACUACGUUACUCAGGAAAUUACAGAGGCGAACUCAACCACCCCCUCAUCCGCCGAAUCCAUAUCCUGGACUUCCUGUUGGCACAACCAGAGAAGAAGCCGCUCUCUAUGAUGCUAAUGGCCCAUUAUGGUAUCGUGGUUGGGCUUUGGAUCCCGAUGAACAAGUGUGUGAAGAUGUAGACGAAGUAUUGAAGAAGACCGGGACAAGGAGGAUGGUCAUGGGACAUACGCCUGAUUUCCAGGGAAUCGUGUCAAGAUGUGACGGGAAAAUUAUCAUCAUCGAUACUGGAAUCUCGCAUGCUUAUGGAGGAGCUCUUUCUGCGUUGUCAAUCCACUACACUCUUACUCCCGUCGCGAAAGAAGCAGGUGAAGAUCAAAAGUGGAUUGAGAAAGAAGUAGUGAGCGCACUCUACGUUGAUAGGCAGGAACUAAUUACAGUCGGCGAGCGGGAGGUUUUUGGUGAUUUUUCAGAUUAUAAGCAAAUGGAACGAUAAUCUAUCGUUGUUACUAAUACUAUUAGACUGGUUCAAUAGAAAUAGGAGUAUAGUAUAUGGUACUUCUGGAGCAGGAAGAGCCCGCAAGCGCUUUCUGAAAGGUAUAUUCAACUAGCAGCGUUGUUCUCAAGGAUUCCACUCGGGACA